AUGCAGCCUGUGCCUGCACCUGCACCAGAGGGCCCUGAAGCCAUGAUCCAGGACGAUCGGCCAGGGACUCCGCCCUGCCCGCCUUAUUCCCCGGUGACACCAGUGUUCGCCCACCUCGACCCUGUCGCAUCCAACAAUGCAACAAUAGUGCCACCCCCUUUGUCGUUGUCGCCGACAAGUCGCAUUCCAGAAACUUCCGGUUAUCGACCUCCGCGACCGCCAGCAACCCCAGCCGUCUUCAAGCCUGAACCGCCACCCGUCCCUAUCUCCGAGAGCGAAAACCCCGAUGCCAUCGCCCUCCGAUCCGCCAUAUCUAUCUUGCAGAUGCAGAAACAGCAAAGUCUGCGCGAUCUAAAAUCAUUGGAGCGCAUGAAAGAGACCGCCGCUGCGGACCCCGAGGGAUUUGCGCGCGAGUUGGCAGCUGGGCGGUUACGCACCGAAGAUCGCGGGGCUGUGAUCCAGUUUACAGACGACGCCGACGAAGAUGAAAUGGAGACGGAUGAGGAUAGCAAGGAGGACUCGAAGCAACCAGAAGGUGACCAAUCACCUGCAUCGAGAUUUGGCCGCAUACCACCGCCGCAGAACAUAGUUCGAAUGCCGCCCAUCAACUGGGCCAAGUACCAGGUGGUGGGAGAACCGCUAGAUCGCAUGCAUGAGGAGCAGUUGCGUCGGCCGUAUGCUGGAGAACCAAGACGAGAACCUGCACCGGAGCAUAUGUUGGCCUCGCCAUAUCGCCCCUUGGUUGAUCAGUUGGACACUCCUGCACGGCUGCCCCGGCCUAGCAAGACCAAGAAGUCAUGA